ACAGGGAAGAAUUUCUUCCUCCAUUGUUACAUUGUAACAAACGGGACCGGGGCAAAACCGGGAGAAAAGACGUCUUCUCUUAGAAACCGUGAAACAUUUUGACAACCAAACGAAACGAGCCGGUCCGCGUUUUUACAUCGAGAAGACAACGAAGACAGACGACUGCACCCGCCCCGGUGAGAAGAGAGAGAGAGAGAAAAAAAGGGAUAAACGAACACAGAUGUCAGCGGAUUUCUCCAUUGCGAGCAUUACAAGGCUCACAUCAGGAAGAUAAGACCCUUCGGCUCGUCACGUUAUUCCCUGUGCAGCGAAAAUGCUGGGGAAUAAAUUGCACAUGACGCCCCUCUUCGUUGUGUCCUUUAAAUAGAUAGGUAUGCACCAUUUAAAUAAAACACCCCGGUGUUAUAGGCAGCUCCUGCUUCCUUCGUGUGUCUCUCAGGGUGCAGAACAAUGAGCAUGGAGCCUAAGUAGCCUCAUAUAGCCAGAUAGAAGUGCUGCAAAUUGACAAUCACGCAAAGGCAUACAGCCAUUCACUCCGCGGUUGCAGUCCGGAUACUCGGUUCAGGGACAAUAAAGCACCACACAGGGCGUUUAAAGAUUGAUGUGCAGCUCAGUGUUGGAAAGAGAAAUCUCUACCUACGAGCUGCUUGGAAUAAGGGUCCCUGUUUCUGCCCCAGACACCAAGUUUCCAUGGAGGCAGGUUCGUCCCUCAGCCUCAAACGAAGAUAUGAAGAGGUGGACAACAGCUCUCCAUUCUCUACACCUAAGGACUCUGACGAUGACAUCUCCAGCAGCGACAGCGCUGACAGCUGCGACAGCCUCAACCCGCCUUCCAGCACUACAUUUACCCCGACCUCUAUCCUCAGACAGCACAAGCCGUCGCCGGGGGGGAAGCGGGUGCGCUUCGACGUGGUGACGGUGUACUACUUCCCCCGGCGGCAGGGCUUCACCAGCGUGCCCAGCCAAGGAGGCAGCUCCCUGGGCAUGGCCCGUCACCACUCCUCCAUCAGACGCUACACGCUGGGCGAGUUCGCGCGCGAACAGGAAACCAGUCACCGGCACACUCUGCGCCAGCACCUGCGCCAGGAGAAGCUCAACGCCCGCAAGAUGAAGCUGACAAGGAACGGCACGGUGGAGUGCGCUCAGGCAGACCUGCUGACUCUGGAGGACGUUUCGGACGAGGACCUGGACGUGGACGGCAUGGAGGUGGACGACUGUUUCUUCCUUCAGCCGCUGCCCACCAAGCGUCGCCGGGCCCUCCUGCGAGCCUCCGGCAUCGCCCGCAUCGACGCCCGGGAGAAAGCCGAGCUCAGAGCCAUCCGCCUGUCCCGGGAGGAAUGCGGUUGCGACUGCCGUUUGUACUGUGACCCUCGCCACUGUGGCUGCAGCCAGGCCGGUAUUAAGUGCCAGGUGGAUCGAAUGUCUUUCCCGUGCGGCUGCUCGAGGGACGGCUGCGGCAACGUGUCGGGCCGCAUCGAGUUCAACCCCCUCCGUGUCCGAACCCACUACCUGCACACCAUCAUGAAGCUGGACUUGGAGAAGAGGAGGAUGCUGAUACAAGGGCCCGGGGACCAGUACGCCGCCGAAUCAGACCAAAUGUCUUCCCCCUCCUCCAUUUGCCCCACUUCCCCGGACCUAUCUUCCAUCGCCGGCCUGGACUCUGAGCUGGAGGAGAACGAGCCGCAGUCCGUUGUGGAGGUCCAGGAUCUCCUGGCGGAGCAGGACAUACUGGAGCGGGAGAACGAGACGGCCGUGUUGCACCUGCAGAGCGCUGAAGAGCAGGAGAGGAGGGAGAGGGAGGAGGCCGACGGGGAGGCGGUGCAGCAGGAGCUGAGCAACGGCGGCCUCGCGGAGCAGCCCCUCUGCCUGCUACCCAGUGCCUUGGAAGGGGAGCUGCCCGUGCAAGCAGAGGUUCCGGGCGUGGAUCAGGUUCUCCUGCAAGGACCUUUCCCCACAGGGGCCACGGUGCUGUGCAUCACUGACAACCAGGAGGAGAGCCCUUCUGAGCUCCUCAAAGACUCCACCUCUCUGCUGUACUAUCAGCUCAGUCCUAUUGAGCCUGGAGCCUUUGAGGUGCUCCCCAGGGCAGAGGAACAAGACGCAGGAGGAGAGGAGCUCGUGGAGCGGAAACAAGAGAAGGGGGAGGAGAUGAUGGAGAGGAAACAAGAAGGAGGAGAGGAGCUGAGGGUUGAUAAGCAUAAAGACAAUGCCUGUCUACGGAGCUCGGGCACAUCUUUGACCAAUGUGAUCUUGUGCUCAGAGAAACGCGGGGCCGUGGUGGAGGAGAGGCCCGCAAGUCCUCAGCAGAACGUCCCGGUAGAGCAGUGCCAAGGGGAGCCCUGCCUGGAGAAAGGAGUAGAUCCACUGCCUCCCGAAGUUUAGUACUAGCUUCUCUGCAGAUAUUUUGCACAACGACUUCAUCCAACACGAGAAAAAAAAUCCACAUUUCACGUUUAUUCCCGCUCUCAUCCAGAAUGACUACGAGUUGCUCGAUCUCUCACAGUGACCGUCACUGAAUUAUCUGGAGUAUUAGAAAAACUCGAGGGAGGGGGAGAUGCUGAAAGCACAAACAGGUUGCUCCCGACUAGUAAUAUGGAUGCAGUUAAACGGCAACAUUGUACGUAAUUCUGUCGGGGGUGAUGAAUGCGGCCUUAAUGGAAAAAAAACAUCAAAACAACACUUGUAUGUAGGAGUGCAGCGAGUAGUGCUUUGUUCAUUUCCAACGCAAGCAAAUAGAAAACACAGUGUCCGCGAAUGCUGACAUAAGCCUUUUGUUUGGUGACGUGUAAAGCUGUCAACACUAAACACAGAUUGUCUUGCAAGCGUGCAAGACGCUGGUGUAUUUAGAUACGUAACUGGCUCACUCUCCACGACAGCAUACCUGUGCUGUAGUCAAGCCAAAUAAAGGCCUCUGGUUGUAUCCUCCGCUGAAAAAUAGACCUAAUAAUCCUGGAAAUACUUGUUUUUGUGUACUGUAUAUGCAUUUGCAAUGUGCGCAAGACAGAGCUGAGGUUGCUGCUUUUUUUUUCGAUCCGUGCGCAUAUUGUGAACCGAGGUUGUCGUGGCUGCGCUGCGCUGCACUGACAAGAUAAACCUACGCAGAGGAGCAGAUUAGCACUGGCCUUAGUUGUUGCUCUUGCUCAACUCGGACUGCUCGUACAAACGCAGUCGAUUUGUCAACAAUAAUAAUAAUAACUAAAAAAAAAAAAAAAGAACGUUUACCUGUAGUUGCAAUGCCUAUGAUAUUAUUUGUGUCUUUUGUGAAUUAGAUUCUCAUUGUUUUGAAGUCCUUGCGGUCUGGAAUGAAAGGAGAUGUUAUUUCUUUCAUUCAUCCACACAGUAAUGCCAUGUAGUCAGUCAUGUUAUGAAAUAGAUCUUCCUAGUCCUUUUUUUUUCUUAUUUUUUUCUUUUUUAAACACGUUGCUCUGUACGGAAGAGAUCAUUCUGAAUCAAAUUUACUAUGAAGAAAAUAGCAGUAAAUAUUGAAAGAAAUCUGUUAUAAGUAGUUAUAAAAAGUGAUGUGAGUAAUUUAUGGAUCAGAUUGACAACAGCCUGAAUUUGUAUAUUUUAUGUUCGAGCUGUGUGUGUGUGUGUGUGUGUGUGUGUGUGUGCGUGCGUGUGUGUGUGUUGGUAUCUCUACACAAGAGCGAAAGGUGCAUCUGCGUGUGCAUGCACAUGAGUAUGUACUGUAUUAGAGACGGGCUGGGGGUGGCGUGUUAGUUAGGAUGAUAUAUUUUAUUCCCGAAAGGUGCUGAUGUUACAGAUUUACAGUCCCCCCCCCCCCCCCCCCCCCUUCAAUGAUAAAUUUUUCCCCACGGCUGAUGUAAGAACGCAAUAGCUACUGCACUGCAAGUCAUUAACGUGGUGAUUAUGGAAUGAGGUGUUCUGUGAUCGAGUAUGUAACAUUUCUGGUCUUUAGAUGUCUUUUUAAGCUGCGUCCCGUUUAUUACUGAUCUGCGUAAGUGUGCCGACUCUCCUUACACAAAAUCAGUCCUUUGUUUCGUUGCCAGAAACUACAGCUGUUGCUUUUAGUAACGGCUCGCCUAACACAGGAUGUGCUGCCGUGUAUGAGUUGUCUGAUGUAUUCCUUUGCCUUUUUUUUUUUUUGUUUUUUUUUUGGUUGUCUUAAUAUAAUCCUGCUUAAGAGUUGCACCAAAGCAGUGGUUUCAGACCUAAUUAAAUGAUGCUUUCAUUCAUCAGAUUUUAACAAAGCAGUCUCCUGUACUUAUUGUGAGGCUGCAGAUUUAUUGUGGCUCUUUGUGCUUGCGUGACUUGCCUUGACAUAGUACCAUCUUUGAAGUGAUGAUGAUUACAAGCUGCCUAUUGUUGAGCUUUUGUCCAUGGCUUUCUACUAAUAGACAUAGGUUUGGGACCACUGCACCAAAUUAACUCCAGUACACUAUGUGAUUAUGUGUUUUUCUGUGUGAAAGGGAUGUGUGGAUGUUGAGAAGACUGAUAGGUUUAGACUUCAUCUAAAAGCUGUGAGGACUACUCUCAUGCUAACUGUUGCCUAAAGUGGACAAAAAGUUUUUUUUUAUACAAAAAUAAAAACAAUAAAACAUUCGUUGCAAAAAGGA